AUGAACUCUCGAUCUGUCGCUGUAAAAAACCGCAACGCAAAUGUUAACACUUUCUCUUCUUCUGUUUUACGGCGUCCACAGCAGAAGGCAGAGCCAUCCUGCGAUGACCGCGACGGGCACUACAUUGUGGUUCCCGGGCGCGACUUUACGCAGCGCUUCAAGAUCCGCCGGCUGCUGGGCCAAGGCACGUUUGGCAAGGUCAUGGAGUGUGAGGAUGGCACGAACGGCCGCCUGGUAGCAAUCAAGGUCAUUCGCGCUGUGCCCAAGUACCGCGAUGCAGCCAAGGUCGAAAUCCGCGUGCUGCAAACGCUGCAGCGCAACGACCCUUCGAACCUCUACCAGUGCAUGCACGUUAACGAGACCUUUGACCACCGCAACCACGUGUGUAUGCUCUUCGACCUGUUGGGCCCCAGCGUGUUUGACUUUUUGAAGGAGAAUGAGUUCCGGCCAUUCUCUUUGCACCACGUGCAGCUCUUCGCCGAGCAGCUGCUGCGCAGCGUUGCCUUCUUGCACAGUCUGAAUCUAGUCCACACGGACCUCAAGCCCGAGAAUAUCCUCCUUGAGAGCGGCGAGUUUGACGUCGUCCCGUUCGGCAACAACCUAACGGCCAAGACGCACAUGCUCAAGUCGACUAACAUCCGGCUGAUUGACUUUGGCAGCGCGACGUUCAACAACGAGUACCAUGCGCAGGUCGUCUCCACUCGCCACUACCGCGCUCCCGAGAUCAUUCUCAAUCUUGGUUGGUCUUUUCCGUGCGACAUGUGGUCGAUCGGCUGCAUCAUCCUCGAGCUGCUGACCGGCGAGGCGCUGUUCCAGACACAUGAGAACAACGAACAUCUGGCCAUGAUGGAGGUCGUCGUUGGCAAGGCGCCGGCUCACAUUGUGCGCAGCGUCCCGCAUGAUCUGCGCGCCAAGUUCUUCCGCUCGGAUAUGAGCGCCCGCUACCCAGCGCCCGACCAGCCACGCCAGUCGCAGAAGGGGCUGCGCGCGAUGCGGUCGCUGAGCCAGCUAGUCAAUCCGGCGACCAACCCGAUGUAUGCCAACCUGCACGACCUGCUUUUCCGCCUGCUGCAGUACGACCCGCGGGCACGCAUUACAGCAAAGGAGGCAUGCGACCACCCGUUCUUCCGGUACCGCGUC